GAAAUUAGUUUGACAUUUAUUCAUACGUAGAAUAGCCGCAGCAGUCGAAACAAAAAUUUGCUAUGACGCACGUAUUGUAACAGUUUUAUAUUUCAUAUUUAAAUUGUUUAAGUGUUCAUUUCACAUUAUAAAAUGCUUUUACCGACGACUGCAAAUGUGUGAAAGGAUUCGGUGAGUGUGUGGAGGAGCUGCCGAUGGGCUGCGACGGUAUGGAGCCCGACGACGACAAGACGAAAAAGCUGAAUGAGGACUUCGUGGAGUUCAUGCGCAAGCGCAGCGACACAGAGGCGCCGCGCUACACCGCACGCCUCAAGACCUACGUCGACUUUAAAAGGAAGCGCGACCGCGCGACCGCCGCGCGCCGUAACUACGAGAGUGGCCACCACGACAAGACCCUCGCCGCGGGCAGGAAGAAAGCUGACGACGAGCAAAAGGACAAGGGGCUUGAGAACAAUGAUCACACGGGAGGCGACAAGGAGAGAAUAAGUAGAAGGCGGGACGGUGACAAGCUGAUGCCGCGCGGGCGUUCGUUCUCGCGCUCGCGCUCGGGGGAGCCAUCGGAUCGCUGCGGCCGCAGGCGCCGCCGCCGCCGCCGCUCUUCGCCGGCGCCGCCGCCGCCGCAGCUGCCGCCGCCGCAGACGCCGCCGCCGCAGCUGCCGCCGCCGCCGCAGUCGCCGCCGCCGCCGUCGCAGCUGCUGUCGCCGCAGACGCCGCCGUCGUUGUCGUCGCCGUCGUUGAGCCCUAGGCUAGCUCAGAAUUAA